AUGGAGGCGGCGGAGGAGCCCCCCGCGAGCCCGGAGCCGGUCCCGGAGCCUGCCCCCGACCCCGCGGUGUCGCGGCUGGAGCGGUGCGCGGCGCUGGCGCUGGGCCCGGGGCCGGGGCUGGGGGCGGCGGCCCCGGCGCUGAGGUCGUUCCUGAGCGGGACCGCGGGCCCGGCGCUGCUGGCCUGGCGCGGGCCCGGGGGGGAGCUGGAGCUGGGCCCCCCCCCGCCGCCCUCCGCCCGCCGCAAGGCGCUUUUCUUCCUGCGCCCGCCCGGCCCCGGGCCGCUGCUGUGCGGGGACCUCCCCGCAGAGCCCCUGCCGCACUUCGCCGCCCUCGUGGAGGAGGUGAUCGUGCCCAUCCUGACGAACCAGAAGAACCAUCAGGGCUGGCCACGAGUGGUGUCCCAAGACCUUAUACGUCAUGUCCACACCCUGAAAAGCACUGUUUUCAAGGUUGUUGGCCAAGUAAAGGGCAAGACCUUGCUGCCUCUUCCAGCUGGUUCAGAGGGAAUCGAGGACAUUGAUCUGGACAAUGAGAAAUGCUUGGAGCUGAUAGAUAAAUCUCUGGUCUAUGCCACUGAGUCGUCCAUCAUAGACUGGAGCUACCAGAUCCAGGAAGCACUGAAGAAAGAGUCUUCAGAGCCUCUCCUGCAAGGCAGCAACCCCAACCCAAAGGUGGAACUGGAGUUCUGGGAGAACAGGUGUGAGAACCUGGAAUGUAUUUACAACCAGCUGAGAACCAAGAAGGUCAGCAACAUGAUAGAGGUGCUGAAGAGAGCUGGGAGCAGUUACAUCCCAACCUUCAACACUAUGCUCAUGGAUGUUGAGACAGCUUUGGCCGAAGCUCAGGACAUUCACCUGCACCUGAUGCCCCUCAAGCGCCACUUGGAGGACAUCGAGAAGGUUGAGUUCAAUGAGGUGAAGCCUUUCCUGGUCCCUCUGCUCCAUGUGGUGUGUUUGAUCUGGGUCACCUCCAAGCACUACAACAUGCCUGCAAGGAUAGUAGUGCUGCUCCAGGAAAUCUGCAACCUCCUCAUCCAGCGGGCCACGGUGUACCUGUGUCCAGAAGAUCUUCUGAAAGGAGAGAUGGAAGAGAGCCUGGGCAAGGUGCAGCUGGUGCUCAGCAUCCUGAAUGCAUUCAAAGAGGCGUUUGAGGAGAGAAGGGAAAGACUGCACACAUAUUAUGGACCAGGCCAGGAAGUGAGGGAGUGGAAAUUCCCUGCUGUGAUGGUGUUUGCAAGGCUGGACAGCUUCCUGGAGAGACUGGAGAUGGUGGAGGAUCUUCUGGCAACUGCCUUGGACCUGAUGAAGCUGGAAAAGAUGGAGUUCAGUGGGAUUAAAGGGAAGGCCCUGGGCCAGCAGGUGCUGGACAUGAAUGAGAACUUCCAGGAGGCAUACAAGGUGUUGACAGAGCACUCCUAUGACUGCCUUGACCUGACCAACACGGAAUUUGUGCAAAAUGCCUUGGAAUUCCAGCAGAAAGUAGAAGACAUCGACCGCCGGUUGGGCACUGUUUUCAUCCAGGCUUUUGAUGACGCCUCGGACUUGGAGCAUGCCUUUAAGUUGCUGGACAUGUUUGGGAGCCUCUUGGAGCGACCAGUGAUCGCUGCAGAUGCUGCUGACAAAUACUUUGUCCUCAUCAGCAUGUUCCACAGUGCUGUGGCCCAUGCAAGGCUCAUCUACUCCAGGCACAUCCAGGCAGAGCUGGAGCUUGGAUCCCCUGCUGUGCACAAGAACAUGCCCCCCGUGGCUGGAGCGCUGGGCUGGGCUCGGGAGCUGCGCACACGGAUCCAGGGGCCGUUUGGUCACUUGAGGCGCAUCCCACGUGCCUACUUGGACUCUGCUGAAGGAAGGAGGGUGAUGGAGAAGUAUGAAGAAAUGAUCCAGCUGCUCGACAGGUAUCAGGAAAAGCUCUACGUGAACUGGUCCCAAACAGUGUCUGAGCGAUCCCAGUACAACCUGGCCCAGCCGCUCAUCCAGCGGGACCCAGACACCAAACUCAUCACAGUCAACUUUGAUCCCCAGCUGGUGUCGGUGCUGAGGGAGGUGAGCUACCUGUCCAGCAGCCAGAUGGGAGCCAUCCCAGCUGUGGCAGCAGAAAUCUAUUCCUCCAGGGAAUCCUUCCGGCAGAUGGUGGCCAACUUGGAGCUGAUGGUGAACAGAUACAACAGGGUCCUGAAGACAGUCCUGGAGGUUGAAUACCCUCUAAUACAGGGGCAGCUGCAGGACAUUGACUUGAAGCUGAAAGAGGCAGAAGAAACACUGAACUGGAAGGUGGAAGGUGUCUGUGGUCACAUCUCCACGGUGAUGGAUGGUGUCCAUGACCUCGAGCGGAGGGUACAGAAAGCCAAAGACAACGUUGAGGAGAUCCAGACCAUCGUGCGGGCCUGGGUGUCACCCAUACUGGAGAGGAAGGACUGCAAAAGGGAAUCACUGCUGGUCCUAGAGGACUGUCAGGACCGUCUGGGGAAGCGUUACAGCCUGGUCCGGGAGUCAGGGCAGAGGAUUCAUUCCCUGCUGAAGGAAAACCAGAGCCUCUUACUCGCAGACCCAGCAUCUGACGUCUGGAAGGCCUAUGUGGAUUACGUGGAUGAGAUAGUCCUGGAUGGAUUCUUCACUGCCAUUGAGUGCUCGCUCAAGUACCUCCUGGAAAACACAGAUCCCAAGGCUGGGCUCGCUCCCCUGUUUGAGGUGCAGCUGGAUUUGGUGAUCCCGGAUUUGAUAUUUCAUCCCUCCAUGGACCCUGGCACAAACGAUGGCUUCUACGACAUGGUGGAAAGUCUUCUCAAUGACAUCUACGGGAUCUCAUCGCUGGUGCCCCGGCUGGCCGAGCACAGCGGCUUCCCCCACUACCAGGCUGACAUGGAGGACAUGGCAGAUCUGGCUGACAUGCGCCACGAGCUGAUGGAGCGCGUGCAGGCUGUGAUGGUGGCGUGCUGCGAGUACCGCAGUGCCUUCGACCACUACUCCUACCUCUACGGAGAGGACAGGAAGGAGUUCUGCCGCCAGUUCCUCCUCUACGGGCACAUCCUCACCGCUGCAGAAGUCGAGGCCCAUGCGGAGGACGGGGUCCCUGAGACUCCCCCCACACUGCAGCAGUUCAAAGAGCAGAUCGACUCCUACGAGAAGAUCUAUGAGGAGGUGAAUCGCAUCGAGCCCUUCAGCAUCUUCCAUGGCUGGAUGAAAGUGGAUGCUCGGCCUUUCAAGGCAUCUUUGCUGAACACCAUCAAAAGGUGGAGCUUGGUGUUCAAGCAGCAUCUCGUGGACCAUGUCACGCACAGCUUGGCUGACCUGGAGGAGUUCAUCAAAACUGCUGAGCAAGGUUUGAGCAAAAAGGUUGACAAAGGUGAUUAUGGUGGCUUGGUGGAGGUGAUGGGUCACCUCUUGGCCGUUAAAGAAAGGCAGAGUGUCACCGAUGCCAUGUUUGAGCCCCUGAAGCAAACCGUUGAACUGCUGAAGACCUAUGAGCAACAGCUACCAGAGGAAGUCUACAAGCAGCUGGAGGACCUGCCGCACGCGUGGAGCCACGUGCGGAAGGCGGCGCAGGCGGUCAAGCAGCACGUGGCCCCCCUGCAGGCCAGCGAAGGGGCGGAGCUGCGCAGGCGCUGUGCGGCCUUCGAGGCCCGGCAGCGCCGCUUCCGAGAGCACUUCCGGAGAGAGGCGGCCUUCAGGUUCGACACCAAAAAGCCUUAUCAAGUGCUGGAUGCAAAACACAUUGAGAUUAAACAACUGGAGUCAGCCAUGACCUCGAUUUAUGAAUCAGCCGGUCUGUUUGAAGUCACGGUGCCAGAUUAUAGACAACUGAAGCAGUGCAGGAAGGAGCUGUGUCUGCUCAAAGAGCUCUGGGAUAUGAUCUCCUUUGUGAACAGCCGCCUUGCUGACUGGCAGACCACCAAAUGGGUGGAUAUUAAGGUGGAAGAAAUGGAUCUGGAGUGCAAAAAGUUUGCAAGAGACAUUCGGAAUUUGGAUAAGGAAAUGAGGGCCUGGGAUGCUUUCAAUGGGCUGGACAGCAAGGUGAAGAACAUGCUAACAGCCCUGAAAGCUGUGGCAGAGCUUCAGAAUCCUGCCAUUAGAGAAAGGCACUGGAACCAGCUGAUGCAGAUGACGGGUGUGAGGUUUGUGAUGGACGUGGACACCACGCUGGCUGACCUCCUGAAGCUCAACCUGCAUAACUUCGAGGAUGAGGUUCAUGGCAUUGUGGACAAAGCAGUGCGAGAGAUGAGCAUGGAGAAAGUCCUGAAGGAGCUGAAGAUGACUUGGGGUUCCAUGGAGUUUCAGUAUGAGCUUCACCCCCGCACAAACAUCCCGUUGGUGAGAUCAGAUGAGGAGCUCAUUGAAACUCUAGAAGACAACCAGGUGCAGCUGCAGAACCUAAUGACAUCCAAGUAUAUCGCCUUCUUCCUGGAGGAAGUGUCUGCCUGGCAGAGGAAGCUCUCCACUGCAGACUCUGUCAUCUGCCUCUGGUUUGAAGUGCAGCGUACAUGGGCUCACUUGGAGAGCAUAUUCAUAGGCUCAGAAGAUAUACGGGCACAGCUUCCCAAGGACUCGGAACACUUUGAAGGGAUUGAUGUGGAUUUCAAAGAACUGGCCUAUGAAGUUCAGAAAACCCCAAAUGUGGUUGAAGCCACCAAUAAGCCAGGCCUGUCCCAACAACUGGAGGACAUUCAGAGUAGGUUGUCUCUGUGUGAGAAGGCUUUAGCUGAAUAUUUGGACAUGAAGAGGUUGGCCUUUCCCAGAUUUUACUUCAUUUCUUCUGCAGAUUUACUAGAUAUUCUUUCCAAUGGCACCAACCCACAUCUGGUGCAGCAUCAUCUUCCCAAGCUUUUUGACAGCUUGGCCCACAUUAAAUUCCAGCUGGAUUCUGAGCAAAAGGCGACCAAAGUUGGCCUGGGAAUGUACAGCAGAGAGGAGGAAUAUGUCAGCUUCAGUGAGCCCUGUGACUGCAGCGGGCAGGUUGAGGUCUGGCUGAAUCAUGUCCUGGAAAGCAUGAGAGCUACUGUGAGAGAUGAGAUGACGGAAGCUGUUGUGGCUUAUGAGGAGAAGCCAAGGGAGCAGUGGCUCUUCGACUACCCUGCCCAGGUGGCUCUUACCUGCACCCAGAUCUGGUGGACAGCCGAGGUUGGGAUUGCCUUCGCCAGGGUGGAGGAAGGCUACGAGAACGCGAUGAAGGAGUAUCACAAGAAGCAAGUGGCCCAGCUGAAUGCCCUCGUGACCAUGCUCAUUGGGCAGCUCUCCAAGGGUGACAGGCAGAAAAUCAUGACCAUAUGCACCAUCGACGUGCACGCUCGGGAUGUGGUGUCAAAGAUGAUAGUGCAGAAGGUGGACAAUGCCCAGGCGUUCAUUUGGCUGUCGCAGCUCCGGCACCGAUGGUCAGAUGAGGAGCGGCACUGCUUUGCCAACAUCUGUGAUGCUCAGUUCCUCUACUCCUAUGAGUACCUUGGGAAUACCCCACGGCUCGUCAUCACUCCACUGACUGACAGAUGUUACAUCACCCUGACCCAGUCGCUGCACUUGACCAUGAGCGGAGCACCUGCGGGCCCUGCAGGCACUGGCAAGACGGAGACUACGAAGGAUUUGGGGCGAGCCCUGGGCAUCAUGGUGUAUGUGUUCAACUGCUCCGAGCAGAUGGACUACAAGUCUUGUGGGAAUAUUUACAAAGGCCUUUCCCAGACAGGAGCCUGGGGCUGCUUUGAUGAGUUUAACAGGAUCUCAGUUGAGGUCCUCUCUGUGGUUGCUGUACAGUUGCAGCAUUUGUGUCGAGGCAAUUCUUUACAACAUCUUCUCCCAGACCAGUGCACACUAUGGCUCUGUACCUGAGGAAGACACUGGUGUCUGUGAGAUAACUGCAGCAUAUCAUUUCAGGGAGGAGAGCUGCCUUGGCAGGCUGAGUAGCCUUAAGUCAUGUAGGGAAUAAUUUUCAUGGAGGAAAAGAGAGGUGCUUGGGGCAGAUCCAUGUCCAGGCUUACGGAGGUUACUUAUUGCCUCAGUCAGGUGCAAGUUAUGUGUCAUAUUCAACAAGUAGGAUUAUAUUCAAGAUUAAUGAUGACUUUGGACAAGGGCCUGUAGUGACAGGCCAAGGGGAAUGGCUUUAACCUGCCAGAGGGGAGACUGAGCUGAGCUCUUAGGCAGAAGCUCUUCCCUGUGAGGGUGCUGAGGUGCUGGCACAGGGUGCCCA